UAAGAAACAAAAAAAACAAUUAAAUUUGGUUUAUGUUUGCAUUGCAGCAGUUGACAAGAACAAGUACACAUGUUGGUGGUGUGCUUGCCGCUUCACCUCAACAUUAAAUUUCCUCUCCCCACUCACUGUCUUCUUUUUUCUUCUGCACAGAAAGCGAUAUAUCCAAAUUAUCAAUCAACCAAAAGAGAGAGACAAAGUGAGCUCUCAAAAGAAGAUUCAAAAGGUAACAAAGAAAAAAGUGAAUUCUUUUUGAAAAACCAAAAAGCACUUCAAGCCAAACCUUGGAGAUCCAGAACAAAACACCCAUUAACAUUCUUCACACUCUCUCCCUGUCUGCUUCUGCCUCCACAUAUCUCUAUCUUCAUGUAUUCUCACAACAAACAAUGAAAAUCAACCUUCUUUUUAUGCUUCUUAUUCUUCUUCACCACGUUGCUGCAGACCCUCUUGCUCCCUCUCCAGGUAUUGGAGCAGGGAAGGAGCAGCAUCACCUGAAUAAGAAAGUGGUAAUUGCUCUCAUCGUAGCUACCACAGCACUCAUUUUCACUUCCUUAUGCCUUUGGAUUUAUUGUACCAAGUACACAACAAAAUCCAAAACCAAAAAUGUUCAAAGUCCAGAUGCCGAGAAGGGGCUAACCUUAGCACCGAUUCCGAGUAAAUUCAGUUCCAUCAAGGUUGUUGGCAUGAAGGGGUCUGUUCCAAUAAUCGAUUAUAAGCAAAUAGAAAAAACGACCAAUAAUUUUCAGGAAAGUAACGUCUUAGGUGAGGGCGGUUUUGGACGUGUUUACAAGGCUCGCUUGGAUCAUAACUUGGAUGUUGCCGUCAAGAGACUACACUGUGAGACUCAAAAUGCUGAGAGAGAAUUUGAGAACGAGGUGAAUUUGCUGAGUAAAAUUCAACAUCCGAAUAUAAUUUCCUUACUGGGUUGUAGCAUUGAUGGUGACACGAGGUUUAUUGUCUAUGAAUUGAUGCAAAAUGGAUCAUUGGAGGCCCUUUUACAUGGACCUUCUCAUGGUUCGGCAUUGACUUGGCACAUGAGGAUGAAGAUUGCUCUUGACACAGCAAGAGGAUUAGAAUAUCUGCAUGAGAACUGUUACCCUGCAGUGAUCCACAGAGACAUGAAAUCUUCUAAUAUUCUCUUAGAUGCAAACUUCAAUGCCAAGCUGUCUGAUUUUGGUCUUGCCUUAACUGAUGGGUCCCAAAGCAAGAAGAACAUUAAACUAUCGGGUACCUUGGGAUACGUAGCCCCGGAGUAUCUUCUAGAUGGUAAAUUAAGUGACAAAAGUGAUGUGUAUGCUUUUGGGGUUGUGCUAUUGGAGCUCCUAUUAGGAAGGAAGCCAGUGGAGAAACUGGCACCAGCUCAAUGCCAAUCUAUUGUCACAUGGGCCAUGCCACAGCUCACGGACAGGUCCAAACUUCCGAACAUUGUGGAUCCAGUGAUUAAGAAUACAAUGGAUCCAAAGCACUUAUACCAGGUUGCUGCUGUAGCUGUGUUGUGCGUGCAACCUGAGCCAAGUUACCGUCCACUGAUCACAGAUGUUCUUCACUCACUUGUCCCUCUUGUUCCCAUUGAGCUUGGAGGAACACUAAGAGUUUCACAAGUGACACAGCAUGCCUCUCUUGCUGAUCCACCUGUGAAUUCCCAUUAUUGAUAGUACCUAUCAAUUUGAUACACACUAAACAGUGAGAAUCAAGGACGUGAUCUGUGAUUAUGAUGCUGCCAAACCAGUUGGGUUUUACCAAAUGCUCAAAAUUACGGAUAGAUCCUGUCAACCUUACUGUUUCAACUUAAUAGUUCUGCCCCAAAGUAUAAAGACAUUCAUUCGGAAAUGUGUCCAGCUUUAAUAGGGAAGAGAGCAUUACAUUGUAAAGACGAAAUUAAUUUCACUUUGGAGGGGGAUAAUUGUGUAUAGACUAUAGAGUAUUGAAAUUGUAUAAAAUUGGAAUCUGAUUGUCUUCCAUUCCCUACUUUGGGUGUAUGACAUUCAGAGUAUUCAGUACAUAAAGCAAAAAAAUGAAUAGCAACCUCUGGAGUCAAUCAUACAAAAUCUUGUGAUGGGAAAUCAGAUGUGGAAAAAAAGUA